CUUUUGUCUCAAAGACGUCUCAUAGCAUCAGCAGUCACUAGCACAGCUGCCCCACUAGCAUCGGAUUCAUUCCACACGAACAGAAGAAGUUUUCACUCUCUUUGCCAACGCCUCAAUAUAAAUACUUAAGCAUGUCUGACUUGGCCUUCAAUAACUACUGCUUGACUUGCGACAAGCUCUGUUCACAAAACUCGAUCUACUGUUCAGACGAAUGUAGAGCCGUAGACGAAUUCAACUCGUCCAACAUAAUAGCACAGAACACCCAGCACGAACUCGAAAGAACUUCUGUUUCAUCCAAUGAGGAAUUAGUUUCUCCUCUCUUGACUCCUUCGUUGUACCAGCACUACAACCAGCAGCAGAAUAUAGAUGUCAACAGUUCGCCUUUGCUUUUGUCGACGAACCACUCCACACAGGCUUCCAGAGACUUGGACUACUUUGACUUGAAUUACUCCGUCAAGUCCAAGACCAACUACGCCUUGUCUACUGCUACCACAGCAUCCACUUCAGGCACCGACUUGAUCUCUGCCGCUGUUGCGAUCCCCUCAACUUCCCACAACUAUAGAAAAUGGCUUACUGCGUGUCUUUAGCAACCAAAGCAGCUCACGAAGCAGCAACCAAACAACAGUAGCUAGCUACAGGGAAUAAAGGAAAAAAAGGGAAACAUAGGGGCAAUGUGACAGGAACCAUUGCCAACGGUAUUAAAAGUCAAAAAAAAGGUUCAUAUCAUUAUUUAUCAUCAGCAUACAAUCUGAUUACAUCAUUAUUUAUCUCGUACAAUUUAUGUAUUUGGUUUAAUAGAGCACCAAGUCGAAUCAUAUCAAAAGUAUUUAUAGUGGUAUAUAGCAGAUUAAUACAGGUUACCAG